GUCGGCGACACAACAGCUGAAGCGCAGCCGCUGCGUGUCCGUGGCUGUCCGUGGCUGUCCGUGGCUGUCCGUGGCUGUCCGUAGCUGUCCGUGGCUGUCCGUGGUGAACCUCCGGUCUGUCCGUGCACCUGGCUGCGGUGUCCGUCCAGAGAGAGGCAGGGCUCCCGUGUUCUGGUCGAAGUGUUUAGAAAAAAAACUCCAACCCAGCUCCAGCACGAUGUUGAUGAAAACGCCGCACCUCAGACUGUUACUCGCGCUCGUCGCGUGCGCGAGCUUGGCUGCCGAGACGGACGGCGCCAGGAUCCUGGGGGUGUUCCACUACAACGGCAAGAGCCACUUCAUGGUGUUCGAGUCGCUGAUGAAGGCCCUGGCCGCCAGGGGCCACCAGGUGGACGUCCUCAGCCACUUCCCGCAGAAGACGCCCGUCCCGAACUACACGGACAUCGACGUGUCCGGCACGGCGCCCGACGUGCUGGACAACAUCACCAUCGACAUGGCGCUCAGCUGGAGGAUGUUCUCCAUGGCGGACUUCAUCUGGGUGGACACGAGGGAGGUCUGCCGCCGGGCGCUGGACCACAUCAACGUUCAGGCGCUGCUGCGCUCCUCCGCGGGCUACGACCUAGUCGUCACGGAGAUCUUCGGCAGCGAGUGCGCCGUCGGUUUCGCGCGCAGGUUCGGCGCGCCGCUGGUCCACGUCAUCUCCAGCGUGGCUCUCCCUUGGACGCACGCGCGCAUCGGGAACCCGGACCACCCUGCCUACGUUCCCAGCUACUUCCUGCCCUACACGCACAGGAUGGACUUCUUUCAGCGGCUCGCCAACACGGUGCUGGGCGCGUACUUCCGCGCGGGGAACUACUUCUACAACGAGCGUCCCACGAGUGCGCUGAUGAGGCGCUACUUCGGGGAAGACGUCCCGAGCGUGGAGGAACUGGUGGCCAACAGCAGCCUGGUGCUCGUCAACAGCCACUUCUCAAUCAACUGGCCGAGACCCGCCGUUCCGGCGUUCGUGGAGGUCGGCGGGAUGCACAUCCAGGAGCCGAAGAAACUGCCUCAGGAUCUUGAAAAGUUUUUAAACGAAUCUACACAUGGAGUGGUGUAUUUCAAUUUGGGUUCAUUGGUUCGAGUUCAGACAUUUCCAGAAGAUAAACUGAAUGCCCUGUUAGACGCAUUUGGUGCUUUACCAGAAAGGGUUCUGAUGAAAUACACUGGAGACUCAUUGCCUGGAAAACCAGACAACGUCAUGACCAGCAAGUGGAUCCCACAGAUGGGUGUCUUAAGUCACCCGAAGACCAAGGUGUUCGUGAGCCACGGAGGCCUGGGCAGCACGCAUGAGACGGUGCACUCCGGCGUGCCCGUGGUAGGCAUGCCGUUGUUCGCCGACCAGGAGUCCAACAUCAACAACCUGCGGGAGCUGGGGAUGGCCGCGAUGCUGCGCUACGAGGACCUGACGAAGGACAGCCUGCUGCGAGCGAUACGGACUGUGAUCGACAACAGCAGCUACUCGGAGAGCGCGCGGAGGGUGUCGGCGGUGUUCCGGGACCGGCCCCUGCCUCCCAUGGACACGGCCGUGUACUGGGUGGAGUACGUGGCGAGGCACCGCGGCGCGCCGCACCUGAGGUCUGCCGCCGCCGGCAUGCCGCUCCACCGGUACCUGCUGCUGGACGUCUUCGGCGUCCUGGCGGGCGUCCUCCUGCUCGCCGUCUGGGCGGCGCGGCGCGCGCUCCUGCUGGUCCUGAGAGUGACCCGCCCCAGGCCCAGGCCCAAGAGGGACUGAACCGCGUCGGGUCGUUACCACUACGCCGAACGCACAAUAACGCCGAAUACCAUAAGGCCGAAUGUCAAAAUUGACCACAACGCCGACAGCUAGAAAAAUUGCUGUGUGCCACAACGCCGAAAUGCCACAACGCCGAAAUGCCACAACGCCGAACGUACAAUAACGCCGAAUACCAUAACGCCGAAUGUCAAAAUUGACCACAACGCCGACAGCUAGAAAAAUUGCUGUGUGCCACAACGCCGAAAUGCCACAACGCCGAACGUACAAUAACGCCGAAUACCAUAACGCCGAAUGUCAAAAUUGACCACAACGCCGACAGCUAGAAAAAUUGCUGUGUGCCACAACGCCGAAA